AUGAGAGACGACCUGGCCAAAGUAUUAUUCAAUAUUCCCCUCACUGUGCAAAGGUACCCUAAGAUAAUAAGUUCGUGGUUCCCUUUUGACGUGACCAAGAAACCCGGGUACUUCGUGUCGGUCGUCACCCAUGUUGUAAUGAUAGUCCAGGGUGGAGGAAUUAUCGCUUCUUAUGACACCACCGUCUUCGUCAUAAUGUCCUUCCUCAAAGGUCAGUUGAUAAUAUUGAAAACGAAAUGUACCGAAAUAUUUGGAGACGAAACGGCGAUUCCGAGGAGCGAAGUUUUGAAGAAUAUAAAGGAAUGUCAUCGCUUACAUAAUUUUCUUACUGAGCAGUACAGGAUGUUUAACCAACUAAUAUCUCCGGUUAUGUUUAUUUAUGUUUUGAUUUGCUCCGUGAUGAUCUGUUGCUGCGUUGUUCAAUUGAAUUUGGAUGGCGUGACAGUGUCUGAGAAAUUUUGGAUCCUAGAGUACAUGAUCGCAGCGGGAGUUCAGUUGUUUAUAUUCUGUUGGCACAGCAAUGACAUCACAUACGAGAGUAGUCUAGUGGACCGCGGCAUUUUCGACAGCAACUGGUGGCGCGCGGACCCCAAGCUUCGGACACAUUUGACGCUGCUGUCCGGAAAGCUGGCUAUAAUGUACCGAAUUAGAGCCGGACCGUUCACCACGCUGUCCAUGCCUACGUUCACCGAGAUCCUCAGAGGCGCUUAUAGUUUCUAUACCCUCUUUACUAAAAGUACUAAUAAAUAA